GUUUAUUUGCAUGUGGACAUAAGAAAGGGUUAACAUGGCUGACAACUAUUUCAUGAGCUUUUUGGCUUUAUUUGAAAAGUGAAGUGUGUUUGGGGAAGGAGAUGGUUAGGAAAAUAGAUGCUCCCGUUUUUGACUUACCAAGGAAACGGAGAUCAGAGGAAAGCCUGGAGCACUUCGUGGCUUCCACGGGUUCCUUUCUAGGAAGCUUUUGCUUUACCUGGGGAAACCCCAAGCUCUACAGUGAGAAAGUUGUAAAUUAGCCUUUAGGAGACGCUGUUUGUCAAAGUUAUCUUAACCCUGGAAAAGGGGAGGGAAAAAGGCAGAUAAGCAAUGAUGACAUCAGCAGGAAAUUAAUAUCAGGCUACCCAGUCCUGAAGAUCCAGUUUUCACUUAACGAUCAGCAAAUCUUGAAGUGUCUUCCCAAGCAAAUGGGAGCUUCCUUGGACCUUGGAGCACACAGAGGAUUCUACUUUCUUUAAAACUUUGUUUUCAGGCAAUUUCCCUGAGAAUCGUUUACCUCCAGAGGAUUGGUGGAGCUUGAUCUGAAGGCUGGCCAUGAAAUCUCAAGGUUCCAGUUCAGAUAAAAACUGUAAAGUGAGCUUUCGUAAGAAGCUUCUGAUUAUUGAUUCAGACUUGGGGGUCGAAGAUGUGGAGCGCCUCAAGUUUCUCUGCAUAGGAUUGGUUCCCAACAAGAAGCUGGAGAAAUCCAGCUCGGCCUCAGAUGUUUUUGAACAUCUCUUGGCAGAGGAUCUGCUGAGUGAGGGAGACUCUUUCUUCCUGGCAGAACUCCUAUAUAUCAUAGGGCAGAAGAAGCUGCUGCAGUACCUCAACUAUACCGAAGAGAAAGUGGAGCAAUUGCUACCUAUCCAAGGAAAGGUCUCUCUAUUUAGAAACCUGCUCUACGAACUGUCACAAGGCAUUGACUCAGAGGACUUAAAGAACAUGAUCUUCCUUCUGAACGACUCUCUUCCCAAAACCGAAAUGACCUCCCUAAGUUUCCUGGCACUUCUAGAGAAACAAGAUAAAAUAGAUGAAGAUAAUCUGACAUGCUUGGAGGACCUCUGCAAAAUGGUUGUACCUAAACUUUUGAGAAACAUAGAGAAAUACAAAAGAGAGAAAGCUGCCCAGAUAGUGACACCUCCUGUAGACAAGGAAGCCGAGUCAUUGUAUCAAGGAGAGGAAGAACUAGUUUCCCAAACAGACAUUAAAACAUUCUUGGAAGCCUUACCGGAGGAGUCCUGGCAAAAUAAGCAUGCAAGGAGUAAUGGUAACAGAGCCACAGAUGGUGCAUCAAGCCUGGUCUCCAGGGGGUUGCAAGGAGCAUCUGCUAACACUCUAAACUCUGAAACCAGCACAAAGUGGGCACCUACGUACAGGAUGGAUCGGAACCACAGAGGCCUCUGUGUCAUUGUCAACAACCACAGCUUUAUCUCUCUGCGGGACAGACGAGGAACCCAUAAAGAUGCUGAGAUCCUGAGGGGUGUGUUCCAGUGGCUUGGGUUCACAGUGCAUAUAUACAAUGAUGUGACGAAAGGGGAAAUGGAGGCGGUCCUGCAGAAGGAGAAGUGCAAUCCAGCCCAUGCCGACGGGGACUGCUUCGUGUUCUGUAUUCUGACCCAUGGUGAAGAUGGAGCUGUCUACUCUUCGGAUGAGGCCCUCAUUCCCAUUCGGGAAAUCAUGUCUCACUUCACAGCCCUGCAGUGCCCUGGACUGGCUGAAAAACCUAAACUCUUUUUCAUCCAGGCCUGCCAAGGUGAAAAGAUACAGCUUUCCAAAUCCAUCGAAGCAGAUGCUCUGAACCCUGAGCAGGCACCCACUUCCCUGCAGGACAGUAUUCCCGUCGAGGCUGACUUCCUACUUGGUCUGGCCACUGUCCCAGGCUAUGUAUCCUUUCGGCAUGUGGAGGAAGGCAGCUGGUAUAUUCAGUCUCUGUGUAAUCAUCUGAAGGUCUUGGUCCCAAGACAGGAAGACAUCUUAUCCAUCCUCACUGCUGUCAACGAUGAUGUGAGUCGACGAGUGGACAAACAGGGAACAAAGAAACAGAUGCCCCAGCCUGCUUUCACACUAAGGAAAAAGCUAGUAUUCCCUGUGCCCCCGGAUGCACUUGCAUUAUAGCAGAGAGUUUUUGUUGGUUCUUAGACUUCAAACGAAUCAUUGUCUGUAUCCUUCAGCCUCCUGCCCAGCACAGGAAUCGGUGGUCUCCACCUGGCAUUCUAGAAACAGGAAACACCCUGUUUUCUGACACAGUCAAUUCCGAUUUUCUUUUUCUUUUGACAAGUCUAAAUGUUAGAAAACACUCUUUUUUUUGGAGACAGUCUCAUUCUGUCACCCAGACUGGAGUGCAGGGGGGCAAUCUCGGCUCUCUGUAGUCUCGACCUCCCGGGCUCAAGCUAUCCUCACACCUCAGCUUCCCAAGUAGCUGGGACCACAGGUGUGUACCACCAUGCCUGGAUAUUUUUUAUUCUUUAUUUUUUGUAGAGACGGAGGGAUCUCACUUUGUUGCACAGGCUGGUCUCAAACUCCUGGACUCAAGUGAUCCUCCCACCUCUGUCCGCAAAAUACUGGGAUUAUAGGCACAAGCCACCACGCCUGGCCAGAAAACUUUCCUUAUUGAAGACUUGGAUUGUAGCCUUGGUUUUGGAUGUGUACCCUGAAGAGAGAGUAAUUGACCUUGGUUUGUGCAGGUACUUUUUUUUUUUUGAGACAGAGUCGUUCCGUCACCUGGGCUGGAGUGCAGUGGUGGGAUCACUGUUCACUGCAGCCUUGACCUCCCAGGUUCAAGCGAUCCUCCCACCUCAGCCUCCCAAGUAGCUGAGACUACAGGUGUGUGUCCAUGCACAGCUAACUUUUGUAUUUUAAUGUAGAGAUGGGGUUUCACUAUGUUGUCCAAGCUGAUCUCAAACUCCUGGGCUCAAGUGAUCCUCCCACCUUAGCUUCUCAAAGUUCUGGGACUAUAGGUGUGAAAUACUGUGUCUGACCUGGGGACCAGGGACAUUUUAAGAUUCCCUGGUGUUCAAAGAACCACGUUCUUAGGCUAGACUGGGCUUAGAUUGCCUCUCUAGACAACUACCCCUUAGUUAUAAUUCUGUGUCCCCUCUGCAUGGCCUUGAACAUUGGACAAUGAGGUUACAGUCCAGCCACCCUCUCUCUACUCUCCCCCUUCCUAAGAUUUCUCUUCUGCAUAUCUAGUGAGGUGAACAUUUGGUCUAUGCCAGGCCCAUUUCCUGCUUUUGUGUAAGGAAGGUGCUCACAUAGGAAGUUUUUAUUUGGUUAGAGACAGGUUUCCCUGUAGGAAGAUGAUGGCUCAUUUACACUCAGCUGCUCUGCAAGCAGAAACUUUAUAACCUGAUGUCAUGUUCCAUGUUGGACUGGGUGCAGUGGCUCAUGCCUGUAACUCCAGUACUUUGGGAGGCUGAGGCAGGCAGAUCACUUGAGGUCAGGAGUUCAAUACCAGCCUG